GCUGCCGCCUAAAGUGUUUCGUUCCCUUUGAAUCUGGUCUGGGAUACGAUGCAGCCGGCCAAAACAUCUUCCGUUGACGUUUGAUAACCACGGCUCCCCGUCCAGCGUCAUCGACAGCCUCACUUCUUUUGUGGUAAAUAAUUUCCGAUCAUGCCGUGCCAUUUACAACUCGCUUGCUGAUGCACUCUGCCUCCCUUUGCUUUUCGCUCGGGAGCUUCGUCUUCGGCUUUGUCCGCGGGUACACAUGGGAAAGCCCGUCGAUAUACCCUCCGCAAAAGCGCAUAUCGUAAGACGUGGUUGCUCUCCGUGUCCCUCCAGGUAGACAUCCCAUCCUCUCUGUCGGAUUGGCCAUCCGCUCAUAGGACGAUCUUUCCCGGACGUCUAUUUUAUAUCCCGUCAAUUAUAUACGCUUGCUGGCUGGCAUGAAACUGUCCAAUAAAUUCGAUUGCAAAAGCAAGAAAGGGUGUAAAAGCUGCUUGUCUCGAGAUCGAGGCUGCCCUCAGCUUGUAAAGUGAUAGAAGAAACGCCUUCUCUUUAGAAUGCCUUAAUGCUUUUCCCGUUCGUUCCAUUCGUCAGUAUUGGCUUCCCUUGAUUGCUGUAUUUUGGCCUUCAACCGCCCUCUCCGGGCGGCUGCUGCGCUGUGUACUGUGUACAUACGCGCGAGGAUGGGCCGUCUUUUCUUCCUUUUCAUGUCUGUCUACCUGACGUCUGUCAACCUGGCACAGAUAGUCAGCAUCCCUCCUUGCAUCUUUUUGCAGAUCAUAGUCAGACUUCACCGCGUUGUAGGACUUCAUCGGCCGGGACUUCGCAUACCUCCUUGGCCUCGUUUCCACCAAGAGCUUCCCCUCGUCUGAAGGAGUCUUUGACUGACUUCUCCCCCGGGCCAACGAGACCCCCGAGGUCGAUCGAGUGUCGAGCACUGUUUGGCCGGAUCAGACCAGCCCAGGAACUAGGACCUCGGAAAGGCGUUUGUCCAAUAUAUCUGGACCCUUUUUUAUCCCCACGGCACUCAGCUUCCUUCCCGUCACUUUGAUACACCAGACAGAAAGUAACUCGAGGAUCGCAGCUAUACACGGAACACUCCCUAGAGAGUGCUCACACGAUGCUACUCUCGCCCACAAGGAGGGUUGACGGCUUGUUCCUUUGAAACUACGUCCAACCUGCCAAGUAGUGCAACAAACACGCAACGCUUGUUUUUGUAGCACCACGACACUUACUUGUUCAAUCUACAUGGCUUCUUUCUCGUUUCAUUCUCACUACAAGCCUAUUCAGUGUUCACUCGCCAUAAAUGGAAACGGGGAUACACUUGAUACUCGGAAUAGUUGGCGCCGCUACUACUCCCGCUUACUUACAGCUCUAUUUUGGUGUCCAGUGGCAAGCCUCUACUGUCUAUGCAUGCAAGCUCCCUGGGUUAGUCAAAUGUCUUGUAUGCAAGCUGAAUGAGCUAACGGGCUAUAGAAUUGGCGGUAAUGCCGCGGAGAUUAUGGCUUCUCAAAGGCGGCUGUCAGAUGUGACAUUACCAGCCACGUAUAGCGAAUCCUCUCCAUGGCUCUUCCUCACAGCACUAGUUGGGCAAUCGGUUGGCAUCAAUAAGCGGCCGCUUGUUAUCUUACAGUGGAUAUCUUCCGUAAUGGAUUCCACACGAUGAAACAAGAACGGCUCUUUAUGACUGCAUGGCAUGCAAAAAAAAGGGGGGAAGAAACACAACGGGAGACUGGACUACCGCCACUUGAUUAAGAGAGAACAACCUUUCAAGACACUAUAGCUAGUGAGGCCGCACCUACCGUGCCGCUUGGUCAAUGCAGCGAACUAUCUGCGUCCUUGGAUCACCAACAGGAGUUGAGACGGUUCCAUCAUCAAACCCGAUUAUAUCCAUUUGGCCUCGUAAGCUUCCGCAUCACCAGCAGUACCCGCGAGCCCUACGGGUAUAAGGAAAUGCAAGUCGGCACUGUCAUUGCAAACCACAUUGCAUAUAUCUACCCUUGAUCUCAUUUAUCUUCUUCCCCAGGAUUUAUUUGUAGACAGGACUACGCCGUAUACAAUCAGGGUGUGAUAUGUAGUUCUUAUGGCCAUGACGGCUGGGAGUCUCGCAACCGUGCUGCGCUGUGACACGGGGACCGAAAGCAAACUCCGCUUGACAAAAAAC